UUCAAAACAUGUCUUUGAUCUGAGUAUUUUAGUUUGGUUUAAUACCUCUUAUUAUGGUUUGGUAUAGUUUAGUUUUCGGUUAAAAAUUAACACUCGAUAGUCCUAACUUGUGGGCUUUAUCUGUUUUGUGUGUCUUUGUGGAUACAUUUUAAUGUGAGUCUUAUGAACGGAUAGUAAGCCGAUUUAGGCCUUUUAAGUCAUCAGGCCUUUUUUCCGAAUCACUACAUGUAUACACAGUUGAAACAGCAUGGCAUGGAUUGACUUUGAGACAAGGUUCAAUGUAUCAAACUCCAUGAAGAUCUUUCUGUCUGAAACGUACCACUUUUUAAGAUUCUUCGUACAUUACAAUAAUAUCAUAUGUACCUCCCUUUUCUUUUCAUCUUCUUGUUAAAAAUAAACAACUAUACAAGAUACUCUUGUAAUGGGAGACAUGCCAUUAUCUUAACUCAUAAUCUUGUCUCUCUCUGUCAACAAUGCUUCGAAUUGAUUUUAAACCUUGUAACAAAGUGUCAUUUUCCUUUGGGUGAAUCAGGGGACAAAGCAAUGAACCUCCCUCCUAAAUCUUACUCAUAUUAAUUAGAUAUUUUUCUUAAGGUAAUUAAUAAAGUUAUUAGGUAUUAAUAUUUUUUAAAAACGUGGUACCUAAAAAGUUAAUAAGUUAUUAGGUAUUUUUGUGCGGUAGUGUUCAUUAUGUUGCCAAAUCAUGGAUGCAAUUCAACGUGACAUCCCCACUUGCAUAUAGACUAUAGUAUGUAAUGAGCGAAACCGUCACUACAGGAGUCAUGUAGUGAACAUUAUUCAUGAUUUUAACUCUUCAUCCAUGUGUGUCAAGCUUAACAUAGCCAACUUAUUAAGCUUCCAUAGUGUUAUCAUCUCUACUAAAUAAGAUAUAGAUAGCUCAUAACUCGCUUAAUGUUUAAAACCAAGCCCUCAUUAAUUAGUGUCAUGUGAGAUGUGCAUUCAGUGUGUCUGUGUGUAAUCCGUACGUUAUUCUCUUGGGUUUCUAAUACUUUCAACUCAUAUGAAACUUAAGUUUCUUAGUGAGAACAGUUGUUUCUCCUUUGUCACUCACUUUAUAUUUUUUUUCGUUCUAGCUAGCAAAUCAAUUCUUCUUGAAAGAAAUUUACUUUUGACUUGAAGGACUUUUUGAUUUGUUCGUAGGGUCAUCUCUAGUCUUAUAGUUCUACUUAACGUAAGCUAAAAUACAACUUGAUCUACGCUGUUUCCACCAUUAUUUGUAAACUUUACUCCAAAUUAACUUGCUAAGGUCAGUGACAAUCUUGAGAAAAUUAUACUUAUUUUCAUUUUAUAGAAUUUCAAAUAUCCAAGACGUGUAUAUAUAAUUGACUUGAAGAUAAAUUCGAUUAGGCAAGGGACUUACACAUGCAUAACCUUUCAAGUAUGCUCAACAUGUAAGAUGGAUUUGAUACCUCUCCUAUAGCAGACCCUCCCUACGAACAUGUUUCUUCUCCAUUGGCCUCUGAAGCGAACUAAACCGCUGGAUAUCAUCCGGUUGACCAAUAAUACCCCAAACCACAUAAAAUACGUUUCAAACAACUCAACUCUUGAACCACACCUUUUAGGACGACGUUCAAUGUAUCAAAUCUUGUGUAGAUCUUUUGUCUGAUUAGUACCACUUUAAGAUUUCCCAUACAUUACACCGUCUCUUGAAUUAACUUUAAUCGAAUUCGUAUACAUAAGACCUAAAUGAUUAUUUUCCUUAGAUAAACAAGUUUAAUAUACAAGCAUAGCUCUUGUAACGGAGACAGGCUAUUAUCUUAGUUCAUAAUCAUGUCUCUCACUCAACGAUGCCUCUAAUUGAUGAUCAUGAACUCGAUGACAGCCUUGUAACACUCAAUAUCAUGUUUUAAAACCAUAUAAUAAAACGAGUUUGAUUGAUUGAAUCAUGGGACAAAACAUUGAACCGCCCUCCUAUAUCCUAAUCAAAUAUUAGAUAAAGACUUCUCUUAAUAAAAUAACUUACAACAUCUUUCUCUUCACGACCGUCUUGGGACAAAAAAAGAAAUGUGAACAAUUAGUAUUAUAACAAGUGCAAUUGCAUGAAACAAAAAAGAGUUAAAAUCUGAAAUGGUCUGCCACAUAUGUUUCCAUGUCUCCUCCUUCUGACAAGCCCACUCUUACCGGCUGAUCAAAUGGGAAUCACAAAGGCAAUAUCUAGUAAUGGUUUCAUCUAGCUCUUGUCCUUUGAAGUUAGUUUCACGUUCAAAAACAUAGCAUUCAAAUCUUCCUUCAACUCCAUGUGCAUCGUGGCUUAACUAAACAUUCAGUACUGUAAUUAACUAAUUAAAUAUCCCUAUGUUUCCCUCACAUGCCUUCACUCAUAUAUAUACCCAACUUCUCCUUCCUUUUUCUUCAGCAGAAUCAAGAAACAUGGCAUUUCCUGAAACCCAUUUCCAUAUGCCCGUUAGAUCUAUAAGUCUACCAUCUAGAAUACACCAUCCUUCUGCUAAGUUUCAAGCUGCUCUAUCUCAACUUCAGACUUGCCAAAACUCAUCCUCUGAUUCUCAAUCUCUUCAAGUAUCAUUAUUCAAUCUAUCUGAGCUUUACCAUUCUCUACACCAGCUCAACCACUCUCUUCCCACCGCUCAAGCCGAGCAUUCUCUUGACGUGUCAGCCACGUUACUAGACUCUUGUGACGCAGCGAGAAAUCUAAUCCUCACUCUUAAGGAGCAUCUCCUUAACCUUCAGUCUGCACUUAGGAGAAACGGAAAAUCCAUGGAAGUCCAGAUCAAAGAGUACUUUGUCUUCAGGAAAAAGAUCAAGAAAGAGACUAGCAAGCUUAUUCUUGGCCUCAAGAAGCUGGAUGGCUCUGAGACCACCGCGUUGACCGUGUCCCUCUUGCGAUCCCUUUUCAUGUUCCUGUCCACAACAACGUCGAUGAAGACUAAUACAUGUACUCUCAAAUUCGUGUCUAAACUUAUUGGUGGUGGUCGUUCAUCUUCAUCAAUAAUGAGCGAGUUGCAGAAUCUUGAUUUGGUUUUGCGUUCGGAAGGAGACAACUCCAAGGCAGUGAAGAAGACUUUGGAGAUAUUAGAGGAAAGAACAGAAGGACUUGAAGCUGCACUUGAUUCUCUUUUCAAGUCUCUUGUCCAAUAUAGAGUUUAUUUGCUUAACAUUCUUACAACACACUCUUAGUUUAUUAGCUAAUUAGUCUCUAGUUGUGCACAAAACAUAUAUAGAAA